AUGGUGUGCGCGGUAGUGAGUGUGAGGACGGUGUUCGCGCGUAGUGAUUGUGAGGGCUGUGUGCGCGGUAGUGAGUGUGAGGGCUGUGUGCGCGGUAUGAGUGUGAGGGCGGUGUGCGCCGGCAGUGAGUGUGAGGACGGUGUGCGCGGUAGUGAGUGUGAGGGCGGUGUGCGCGGCAGUGAGUGUGAGGGCUGUGUGCGCGGUAGUGAGUGUGAGGGCUGUGUGCGCGUUAGUGAGUGUGAGGACGGUGUUCGCGGUAGUGAGUGUGAGGGCGGUGUGCGCGGUAGUGAGUGUGAGGGCGGUGUGCGCGGUAGUGAGUGUGAGGACGGUGUUCGCGGUAGUGAGUGUGAGGGCGGUGUGCGCGGCAGUGAGUGUGAGGACGGUGUUCGCGGUAGUGAGUGUGAGGACCGUGUGCGCGGCAGUGAGUGUGAGGACGGUGUUCGCGGUAGUGAGUGUGAGGACGGUGUGCGCGGUAGUGAGUGUGAGGAUGGUGUGCGCGGUAGUGAGUGUGAGGACGGUGUUCGCGGUAGUGAUUGUGAGGGCUGUGUGCGCGGUAGUGAGUGUGAGGGCUGUGUGCGCGGUAUGAGUGUGAGGGCGGUGUGCGCGGCAGUGAGUGUGAGGGCUGUGUGCGCGGUAGUGAGUGUGAGGGCUGUGUGCGCGUUAGUGAGUGUGAGGACGGUGUUCGCGGUAGUGAGUGUGAGGGCGGUGUGCGCGGUAGUGAGUGUGAGGGCGGUGUGCGCGGUAGUGAGUGUGAGGACGGUGUUCGCGGUAGUGAGUGUGAGGGCGGUGUGCGCGGCAGUGAGUGUGAGGACGGUGUGCGCGGUAGUGAGUGUGAGGGCGGUGUGCGCGGCAGUGAGUGUGAGGGCUGUGUGCGCGGUAGUGAGUGUGAGGGCUGUGUGCGCAGUAGUGAGUGUGAGGGCGGUCUGCGCUGUAGUGAGUGUGAGGGCGGUGUGCGCAGCAGUGAGUGUGAGGACGGUGUGCGCGGUAGUGAGUGUAAGGACGGUGUGCGCGGUAGUGAGUGUGAGGACGGUGUUCGCGGUAGUGAUUGUGAGGACGGUGUGCGCGGUAGUGAGUGUGAGGCCGGUGUUCGCGGUAGUGAUUGUGAGGACGGUGUGCGCGGCAGUGAGUGUGAGGGCUGUGUGCGCGGUAGUGAGUGUGAGGGCGGUGUGCGCGGCAGUGAGUGUGAGGGCGGUCUGCGCUGUAGUGAGUGUGAGGGCGGUGUGCGCGGCAGUGAGUGUGAGGACGGUGUGCGCGGUAGUGAGUGUAAGGACGGUGUGCGCGGUAGUGAGUGUGAGGACGGUGUUCGCGGUAGUGAUUGUGAGGACGGUGUGCGCGGUAGUGAGUGUGAGGACGGUGUGCGCGGUAGUGAGUGUGAGGACGGUGUGCGCGGUAGUGAGUGUGAGGGCUGUGUGCGCGGUAGUGAGUGUGAGGACGGUGUGCGCGGUAGUGAGUGUGAGGGCUGUGUGCGCGGUAGUGAGUGUGAGGGCCGUGUGCACGGUAGUGAGUGUGAGGACGGUGUUCGCGGUAGUGAGUGUGAGGACGGUGUUCGCGGUAGUGAUUGUGAGGACGGUGUGCGCGGUAGUGAGUGUGAGGACGGUGUGCGCGGUAGUGAGUGUGAGGACGGUGUGCGCGGUAGUGAGUGUGAGGACGGUGUGCGCGGUAGUGAGUGUGAGGACGGUGUGCGCGGUAGUGAGUGUGAGGGCUGUGUGCGCGGUAGUGAGUGUGAGGGCCGUGUGCACGGUAGUGAGUGUGAGGACGGUGUUCGCGGUAGUGAGUGUGAGGACGGUGUUCGCGGUAGUGAGUGUGAGGACAGUGUGCGCGGUAGUGAGUGUGAGGACGGUGUGCGCGGUAGUGAGUGUGAGGACGGUGUGCGCGGUAGUGAGUGUGAGGGCCGUGUGCACGGUAGUGAGUGUGAGGACCGUGUGCACGGUAGUGAGUGUGAGGACGGUGUGCGCGGUAGUGAGUGUGAGGGCUGUGUGCGCAGUAGUGAGUGUGAGGGCUGUGUGCGCAGUAGUGAGUGUGAGGGCUGUGUGUGCAGGCCGGACUCUGUUGGAGCGCUUCUCCCAGCAGCAGGACUCUGGAGAGCCGGAGGAGGUGGAGAAGGUGUGUUCCAGGAUCCUGGCCUUGGGCCUCCUGCUGCCCUUCAGCGGCUGCUUCAGAGACCCCGACAGCAGCGGACCGAUCGCGCCCGAGUUUGACACCGGUCAGCUGUACACAUGGGCAGCAGUCAGUCAGCCUCCUCCGUCUCUGGAGGGACACCUGAAGAACCUGUGGCCCCAGAACAGACCCGGAGCCCAGGACCGGCCCCAGCCCAAACACACAGAGGACGCGGUCGAGGAGCAGGAGGAGCAUCAGGCCGUCGUUUCAGACCUUAAAAAACAUCAGGAAGAAGAAAUCCAGCAAAUUGAGGAGGAGUCGGUGAUAAAGACUGUGCAUCUGAAGCAGGAGCACGUCUGCGUGAUCGAGCAGCUGGAGCAGACGAUCGAAGACCUGCGCUGUAAGAUCGCGGAGCUGGAGAAACAGCAGCCUCUGCUGGAGCGGGAGGUGCAGACACAAGACCAGGAGUGUGGAGGAGAGGAGCGUCUCCUCCCAGACGUCUGCCAUGUGGACCUGCAGACAGAAAUCACUGCGCUGCUGCCCCUGGAGGCCAAGUCAGUGCAGACGUCUCCUAUGGACGAGAGCUUUAGGUUUAAACUGCCUCCUGUGGAGGCGCAGGCACCGGGGAGGAGUGACUCCUCACUGCCAUCAGGAACUGAGAAUGCUUCUCAAGUGUUUGUGUGCAUGUGCCAGCAUCUGCCAGGCAUUUCAGUGCCUCCACCACCACCACCACCUCCUCCUCUAUCCGGGAUGUGUUCACCUCCUACUCCACCUCCGCUUCCAGGAAUGAGCACUCUUUCUGCACCACCUCCUCUUCCAGGCAGUUCAUUUCCUCCUCCUUUACCAGGAAUGGGUGCGCCUCCUCCUGCGCCUCCUUUACCAGGAAUGGAUGCGCCUCCUCCUGCGCCUCCUUUACCAGGAAUGGGUGCGCCUCCUCCUGCGCCUCCUUUACCAGGAAUGGAUGCGCCUCCUCCUGCGCCUCCUUUACCAGGAAUGGGUGCGCCUCCUCCUCCACCUCCUUUACCAGGAAUGGAUGCGCCUCCGCCUCCUUUACCAGGAAUGGGUGCGCCUCCUCCUCCACCUCCUUUACCAGGAAUGGAUGCGCCUCUUCCUCUGCCUCCUUUACCAGGAAUGGGUGCGCCUCCUCCUCCGCCUCCUUUACCAGGAAUUGUUGCGCCUCCACCUCCACCUCCUUUACCAGGAAUGGAUGCGCCUCCUCCUCCACCUCCUUUACCAGGAAUGGAUGCGCCUCCUCCUCCGCCUCCUUUACCAGGAAUGGAUGCGCCUCCUCCUCCACCUCCUUUACCAGGAAUGGAUGCGCCUCCUCCUCCACCUCCUUUACCAGGAAUGGAUGCGCCUCCUCCUCCACCUCCUUUACCAGGAAUGGGUGCGCCUCCUCCUCCACCUCCUUUACCAGGAAUUGUUGCGCCUCCACCUCCACCUCCUUUACCAGGAAUGGAUGCGCCUCCUCCUCCACCUCCUUUACCAGGAAUGGAUGCGCCUCCUCCUCCACCUCCUUUACCAGGAAUUGUUGCGCCUCCACCUCCACCUCCACCUCCUUUACCAGGAAUGGAUGCGCCUCCUCCUCCACCUCCUUUACCAGGAAUGGGUGCGCCUCCUCCUCCACCUCCUUUACCAGGAAUUCCGCUUCCUCUCUCAACUGCAGGAUCAGCACCUCCUCCUCCAGGUCCUCCACCCUUGGCUCCUGGUCCUCCUCUGGCCUUCGGUCUGGGUUCUCUGCCUCCUCCGCUCCCGCUGGGUCUGUACACGUUAGGAGCACUGCAGGAGAAACCGCCUCACAAAAGCUUGGUGGAGCCGCCGAGACCCAUGAAACCGCUGUACUGGACCCGGAUACAGCUGCACACCAAAAAGGAAUCUCAUGCUCUCGUGUGGGAGAAGAUCGAAGAGCCACCCGUGGAUUUUGAGGAGUUUGUUGAACUCUUCUCCAAAACUGCAGUGAAAGAGAAGAAGAAGCCCCUUUCGGACACGAUCAGCCGGUCAAAGACCAAGCAGGUGGUGAAGCUGCUGAACACCAAGCGUUCUCAGGCCGUGGGGAUCCUGAUGUCCAGUUUACAUCUCGACAUGAAGGACAUUCAGCACGCGAUCCUGAAUCUGGAUAACACUGUGGUUGAUCUGGAGACGUUACAGGCGCUCUACGAGAACAGAGCCCAGCAUGACGAGCUGGAGAAAAUCGAGAAACAGAUCAAAUCCUCAAAAGACAAAGGGGGAAGCAAAACUCUGGACAAACCUGAACAGUUUCUCCAUCAGCUCUCCCAGAUCCCUGAUUUCUUCGGACGAGUCUUCUGUAUUCUCUUUCAGUCGACCUUCACUGAAUGCAUUUCCUCUGUUCAGCGCAAACUCCAGAUUUUGCAGAGAGUCUGCAAGACUCUUCAGAGCGGCUCUGGGGUGCAGCAGGUUCUCGGUUUAGUUUUGGCUUUUGGGAACUUCAUGAACGGAGGGAAUCGCACCAGAGGACAGGCGGAUGGCUUCACGCUGGACAUUCUGCCCAAACUCAAGGAUGUCAAGAGCAGCGACAACAGUAAGAGUCUGAUGUCAUAUAUUGUGUCUUACUACCUGAGACACUUUGACGAGGACGCGGGCAAGGAGACGUGUGUGUUUCCUCUCCCAGAACCACAUGACCUGUUUCAGGCCUCUCAGAUGAAGUUUGAAGACUUGACUAAAGAUCUGCUGAGACUACGGAAAGAUCUGAGAGCAUGCACUGCGGAGGUGGAGAAGGUGUGCUCGGUAUCGACUGAAGAGCAUCUUCAGCCGUUUAAAGACAGGAUGGAGGUGUUUGUAAGUGAAGCAAAAACAGAGCUGGAAAGUCAAGAGAAGCAACUCAGUGACACCCACAAAAUGUUCCUGGAGCUCUGCGUGUUCUUCUCAGUGAAAGCCAAGAGCGGAGAGAAAGAGGUUUCGCCCAACACCUUCUUCACCGUCUGGCACGAGUUCUCCACAGACUUUAAAGAUGCUUGGAAGAAGGAGAACAAGAUCAUCCUGCAGGAGAGGCUGAAGACGGCGGAGGAGUGUUUCCGACAGGUCAAAGAAAAAGCCACAUACAGCGUCAAACCCAAACACGCAUCUGGAAUCAAAGCAAAGUUGGGCAUGAAGAUCUGAGGCAGAUGUGGACAGACUCUUAUGACAUUUCAUCUGUAAAUCGCUCUCGCAGCAUCUUCAGUGUUACUCUGCCAUCUGCCGUACCACACAGGAAGUGAUCCACCAUCUGAAUGUGAUGUCAUAUCCUGUGUCUUGAUGAAUGAACAUAUCAGACGUUACAUAUGACCGUACAUACUGGAGGACUGAAGCAUUAUAAUCAAAACAAGGUUGUUUUAUUUUUAAGAAAGCAAGAACAUGGAUUUCUGAUGCGUCUUUAUUUUAAACAUCGGCACCGUCACAUGCUUUUAAACCAACACUAGUUAGUGCAGUUAAGAGCUCUAGUCAUCAGCUCGUUUAACAUGUUCAAAACACACUCCAGUCCUACAGGACCUGAAAGAGACACUCCAGUAUGUAGCGUAUGAAUCAGAUCAGACAGCGGCGAAUGUUCAGGAAUCUACUCAGUGCUUUUGUGAAAUUAUGCAAGAUUGUUUUCUGGUUUUGCUGCAUCUACACAUUCACUCGAUGUAUUUAAGAGGAUGUUUUUUUUUGUUGAUUUAAAUAUUAACAUCUUUAUGUAGCAUUGGUUAGUUUUUAGCAUGUGUGUAUCAGAGGUGUGGAUGGACGCUCCAUGUGCAAUAACUGUUUGUAUCUGAACGUUUUGAGAAGAGUGUAAUAUAUGUAAAAUAAAGGGAUUAAUAAAUUCUGACAUUU